AUGGUGGGACUGACCCUGCUGCGCCAGGCUCUCGGUGCUCUGCACUCUGGGAUCCAGCAUGAAGAGGAGCAGCCUCAAUUUUCAGAUGAUCCUCAAUCAAAACAAGAUCCCAAAUCAAAACAAGAAUCAGUGCCUUUGGAAGCAGAAAUUCCUAUGGAAGAACUCUUUUCUGCCCCUGCAGCCCAAUAUCUGCUACCUGUACUUGGGGAAACUCCCCCUGGAGACCCCCCUGAUCCAAAAAAAUGUUCUCCUCGAGAAUUCUUGGAGUUUUACAUCUUCCCAGUGCUCUUGCCAGGACUGGCUGCACUUCUGUAUGAAGUAGAGAAGGAGAAGUGUUUAGAGGGAAAAAGAACCAAAUUUAUACCCACUGAUUUCCUAACUGAGUGGUUAUACAACAAGAAUCCAAAGAGGAAAGAUGAGUCAUUCACAGAAUUGUUUUCCAUUCCUUUUGUUAAGGACUGGCUAAAGGACCAUCCUAGACCACCAGUUCCUCUAUCUCUGCUUCUGUCAGAAGAAGAAGCAAGCAUACUAAUCCAGUCCUUCUGGAGAGGUUAUCGGGUUCGUUGUGACAGCGAAAUACAAGAGCUCCGUCAGUGGCAAAAGAAGCUGAGAGAGGAGAGGUACAUUAAUGAGGUGGUGAGAAAAUUCUGGGCUAAACAGGAAGCCAAAGGAUUCACUGGCUCCUCAGCCAGUGUGCAUUUUCCCAGCCUCUGUGGAAAAUGCAGGGAGUGA